AUGUUGAAAUCUACUGUCAGUAACACCCGUAUCAAGUGUUGCCGCAUUGAUCAAAGAAGGAAUUACUUGUUCACAGCAUUGGCUAGCUCAGCUUUGGGUUCGUUCUUAUGGUCUAAAAACAAUGUAUUAGCUUCGAAAAUGGAAAAUGGUGAAUUGCAUUAUCAUGAUCCCAACCUUACAUUCAAUAAGAAAUUGUUCAAUGGUAAACCUCCUUUUGAAAGACGUGCCCCAGAUUAUCCUGGCCAUGUGCCAUUAUAUAAUUUUGAGAAAGUUUUGAUGUUUUUAGGAUCUAGCAUGGGGGCAUUUUUCCAUCCAGAGGAAAAUAAAUAUAUUGUGGCUCUCGGUGAAAGUACCGCCAUCACACCUAUUUUACAACAUUUACGACACAAGAUGUUGUCGGAUCCUGUGGGGAGAACCAUAUUAAGAGAAAAGCCCCGGAUGACAUCGGAUUCAUUGAACUUGACCUAUUUACGAUCAUUACCUGAUAAUACAAUUGGGAAAAAUUAUGUCAAUUGGUUGGACAAGGAAAAUGUCAGUCCCGAUACUAGAGUUCCAGUUAGAUAUAUCGACAAUGAAGAAUUGGCGUAUAUAUAUCAACGAUAUCGUGAAUGUCAUGAUUUUUAUCAUGCAAUAACCGGAUUACCAAUUAUCAUUGAGGGAGAAAUUGCUGUCAAAGUAUUUGAAUUUGCUAAUAUUGGUAUCCCCAUGAGUGGUUUAGGAGCAUUGUUUGCUCCCUUGAGAUUGAAACCAAGUCAGCGUCAACGGUUACGGGAAAUCUAUUAUCCUUGGGCAAUCAAGAAUGGGUUGUUUAGUAAACCAUUGAUCAAUGUUUAUUGGGAGAAAAUCCUCGAGAAAGACGUUAAUGAGUUUAGGCAAGAAAUGGGGAUUCAACAACCUCCUGAUUUAAGAAAUAUGAGAAAAGAAUAUUUUGCUAAAAAGAAAUUGGAAAAGCAAUUGCAAGGCAGAAAAUAA